GAAUUCUCUGCGGUGAAGAAUCGUGCUUUUAAUUUUCUAGUCAAAAAAACUGUGAGAGAAUGGUUAGGUUCUAGCUGUUUAAUGCUUGAAUAUGAUGGAAACGAGUUUGAACUUUGAUGAGACUCGUAUAUUCUUGAAGUGCACCUUCUAAAAUUAUUCUCAUCUAAUUUAUUCAUCGUAUGGUUUCAUUUGCUUAGAUUACUAGCAAAAAGAUAAGAUUUUAAAGAAACAUAGUCUCUGCCUGAUCUCGUUUCGUAUGUAAAUUUAAGGAAUAGUUGAAAAUAACAAUGUUAACCUCGUUGUUUUACGGUUUAACCGCCUUAGAUAAUUACAUAACAUGCUUGAAUAGUAAUUCGUCUUAUUCUUUUUGCUCAAAAGUCCUGCUGUAUAUCUUCUAUAAAGUUCACAUGAAAUGCACUUUAUCUUGAUCAAAAUUCAAUAAAAAACGAGUGGUAAAGUAAAUAACUACUCAGUUUAUAUCUCAGUUUGUUUUCUGAAGGUCAAUCCCCUUUAUUCAAAACAAAUGAAGUCUGUGCAAAACCGUAAUUAAAUAUCGAUUUAAUUAACUCGUGUUUCCAAUGGAAACACACUACUUCGGAAAUAAAAAGUGACCUUCGAACCUUAUAUAAAACAAAUCCUAAACAAUUUUUGAUCCUAUAAGGUUAAACAGAUCUGUAGUUGAAGUGUCUGUCUGUCUUUGUAUUUAGCCGUGUCUCUACUCUACAUCACGGAUGUCCAGCGCAAUGUGGGGAUAUAGGAAAGAUAAUGGUCCAGCCUCGUGAAAAACUUCUUGAUAUCAAAGUAGGCAACAGACAAUCUCCGAUAGACAUCGUUCAAGCAAAAGCCACCUUUGAUCAUACCCUCAAGAACUUGAAAUUUUCAUACCCGAGUUUUGAGAAAGCCCAACUGCAGAACAAUGGCUUCACUGUUCUCUUCUCUCCCAGCGAAGAAGGAAAUACAUCAGCUGUGAGUUCUGGUCCAGUUAGCAAUCAAUAUAAGUUAGCUCAGUUUCAUUUCCACUGGGGGGAACACAAUGAGAUUGGGUCUGAGCACACGGUGGACAGUAAACCAUACGCAGCAGAGUUACAUCUUGUUCAUUACAACACUGACUUGUAUGGCAGCGCUGGGGAGGCUUUGACGGCGAAAGAUGGCUUGACUGUGUUUGGAAUAUUCUUGAAGGUUGGAGAUCAGGAACACACUGGCCUCAAGAAUAUCACAGAUAUAAUCUCGGGAAUACAUGCUAAUGGUUCAAGCGUAACACUAGAAAAACCAUUUAACCCCCAGUGUCUGUUUCCAGAUUCUUUGGACUAUUGGUCGUAUCCAGGCUCCUUGACAACCCCUCCACUUUCAGAAAGCGUCACGUGGGUGGUGUUUAAAGAGCCAAUCAUUGUGUCUAGUGCCCAGAUUGCAGCUUUCCGAGAAAUCAAAUCGACCGAUGGUCAGUGUCUCUGUGAAAAUUUCCGACCAACAUGCGACCUUAAUGAAAGAAUUGUCAGGGCAUCCUCGAGCAUAAACAAUAAGAAUUCUAAUGAAUGCAAUACCUCGAUAUUUGGUAGCAAACGUUUCACAAAUUAUUUAAGAUAAAUUUGUUUAAUUUACUGUAAACGAGAAUGAAAU